UGUAUAAAUUAAUUGCGACAAGUUCUGUCGCGAUUAAUAAAUGAAAUUUUUCAAACGAAGGUUCGUCAAACGCAUGGAAUCUUUGUUUUCGUAUUCUUUGCUGGUACAAUGUGGCUUGAACGUUAUUUGUAUGAGUAUUUGCCUGUAUCAAAUAGCAGUGUUGUAUGGCGAAUCCAUACAAAUAAUUAAAUUUAUUGCAUUCGUUCUUUGCGAGUUAUUCCACUUAUUUAUUGCCAGUUUGUCCGGGCAAACUAUAAUAGAUCACAGUAGUGACGUUUAUAUCAAAGCUUAUAGUGGUCUUUGGUACGAGGCGCCCAUAGAAGUACGUAAAUUACUGAUAUUGAUAAUGAGAAGGAGCUUUAAACCUUCUCAAUUAACAGCUGGAAAAAUAUUCAUCUACUGUCUGGAUGGUUUUUCAAUGGUAAUCUAA